CUGCUGGUUGUGCUGGGCCUCUACGCUCCUGGCAACUCCUGUGAUGAGUGGUUCUCCGGUUGCUUCUGCGGAUCGACCGGACUUUGCAAAUGCUCAGCGUUCGAGAACAACAAGAAAAUCUAGGGACAAGCUCCACCGGCCCAGCCAGUCGGCGAGAGGCAGACACACAGCAGACGCAGCGUCAAACCAUCAACAUCAUUGUGUGUGGCCGUGGCAUCCGAGCAGCUGUAAUUGGGACAAGUGUCGCCAGCAUCUCACUUUACCAUGGACAAAACGCCUUAUGUUCUCUUGGAGCGAAUCGACGCCGAUUCACAGCGGGCGUUCGAGCAUGGGCUCCAGCAGAUUCCCAUCGCCAAAAGGAGGCCAAUAGUCCUCGUCGAAAAGCUGCCUGUCGCUGUUACAUAUGGACUGCGACAAAGUGGGGAUAACCCAAGUGGGCAGCCAGCAAGAAAAAUUCCGAAAAGAAAGCUGUCACCAGGUCCUUCAAGGCGACCCUGCCCUGACACACCGAGCAAACAUGUCUGUUGCAGCACUAAAUGCUCUCGGAAAUACCCACGCAUGAGGUUGUGGACAGGGCCUAAGAGCAAUGGAAGACAGAAAACGGGAUCGGCCAAGGAAAAGAGGCCAAUAGUCCUCGAAAAGCUGCCUCUUGCUGUUACAUAUGGACUGCGACAAAGUGGGGAUAACCCAAGUGGGCAGCCAGCAAGAAAAAUUCCCAAACGAAAGCUGUCACCAGGUCCUUCAAGCAUGGACCAAACGCCUUAUGUUCUCUUGGAGCGAAUCAACGCCGAUUCACAGCGGGCGUUCGAGCAUGGGCUCCAGCAGAUUCCCAUCGCCCAAAGGAGGCCAAUAGUCCUCGUCGAAAAGCUGCCUCUUGCUGUUACGUAUGGACUGCGACAAAGUGGGGAUAACCCAAGUGGGCAGCCAGCAAGAAAAAUUCCCAAAAGAAAGUUGUCACCAGGUCCUUCAGGGCGACCCUGCCCUGACACACCGAGCAAACAUGUCUGUUGCAGCACUAAAUGCUCUCGGAAAUACCCACGCAUGAGGUUGUGGACAGGGCCUAAGAGCAAUGGAAGACAGAAAACGGGAUCGGCCAAGGAAAACAUGGACAAAACGCCUUAUGUUCUCUUGGAGCGAAUCAACGCCGAUUUACAGCGGGCGUUCGAGCAUGGGCUUCAGCAGAUUCCCAUCGCCAAAAGGAGGCCAAUAGUCCUUGUCGAAAAGCUGCCUGUCGCUGUUACAAAUAAACUGCGACAAAGUGGGGAUAACCCAAGUGGGCAGCCAGCAAGAAAAAUUCCCAAAAGAAAGCUGUCACCAGGUCCUUCAAGGCGACCCUGCCCCGACACACCGAGCAAACGUGUCUGUUCCAGCACUAAAGGCUCUCAGGCCCUGUCCACAACCUCAUCUGUGGGUAUUUCUGAGAGCAAUGGAAGACAGAAAGAGGGAUCGGUCAAGAAAAACCUGGCUGUGCUCCUCGGUGUCCGGAGCAGGGGAGUUCCAGUCGUUAAACUUGAGCGUCUCCAGACUGACAGUGUACAAGCAUUGUGACAUGCCCUUUCAAGACAAUGUGACAGCAGAUUCCCAAUCACCUGGCAACGAGAAAGUAAAUUCUGAAGACUCUGAUACUGAGUGUGAUCUUCCCAAGUUCUCAAAAGCAAGUCGCAGAUGGAAGACUGGCCACAGCCCCCGCAAGAUUACUGCCGUUGGGUACACGGAGACAGAAUCCUCGGACGACAACUGGUCCGUGUCUUUAUUACGAGUGCACAGGAAACAAGAUCCUAAGGCGCAUUUCUGCCAACUUACUUUGGUGGCUGUUCCCUUGACUGCUGUUUGAAGGAUACACUACGCAGAAUGGGCAAACCUAAGGAUGAAGCCUUCUUGGGACUCCUUGGCUUCACAUUAUGUAUGUUGCUGCCAUGGUGGUAACUGGUGGGUAAUGACACCUAUCAGCUAUUGCAAGUGCAGUUGCACAAUCUCUUAUUACUCACGUGCCCUUUCCCCAUAGGUAUUUCAUUGUGACCAACAUACACCCAGAAUAGUAAAGUACUCUCAGUGUUAUGAUUAACUGUAGGAUGAAGCGCUGUACACAAAGUAGUUACAGAGGUAAAUCUGAAGGACAUGCUAACAUUGUUGAUCAAGGAACUCAUUAGUUUAUCUACCGGCAUGUCAUAAUUCGUUGCAGUGAGAGUCACCUGGUAGUUGCUUCAUUGCAGGACAAGAUGUUUUGUAUUUUUUGGAAAAAAAUAAAUAUUUAGGA